AUAAAUGCGAACGAACCAAACAUCAACGAAGCCAAUACAAACCGAACAACCGGAUAAUUAUUUUUAGCGCAGUCGCUUUUAUUUUAUCCGUUUUUCUCUAUUUUACGCGGUCGUAAUGUCUGAUGAAGAGGAGGACUACAUGUCUGACGCAUUCCUCAAUAAAAUACCAGAUGUGAAGCCAGGUGUCAGCAUGGUGAGGCGGGUGAAGGAGGCAAUGAAGAAGGAGACACAGCAGAAGGAGACGAACAUCAAGAACCGUCAGAAGACCUUCAAGGAGCAGGAGAAGGAGAGCAGAGAGGUUGCUUUACAAAGCUCCAUUAGCAAUGAGAACAAGGGAUUCGCACUUCUGCAGAAAAUGGGUUACAAAGCUGGUCAAGGCCUCGGGAAGCAGGGAGCAGGGAGGGUUGAUCCAAUUCCUCUAAGUAUCAAAACCGACAGAGGAGGCAUUGGAAUGGAAGAGGUGAAGAAAAGAAAAGCUGAGGAGGAACUCGAACAUUAUCGGCAGAAAGUGCGAGCCAAACAACAGAACGAGACCAAAUCUCUGGAGGAUUUCAGGUCAAGAGUGAGGACGGAGAGAGAAGAGCGAAAGAUUGAAGGAGAUCUCAGGAGGAGUCAGCGAGCCUGUGAGCAGCUCGACAGUCAGAAGGGCAUCACUGUCCCCAGGGAAGACUGGUACUGGCCUAAAGAGGAGACUGAUGACGAGGAAGAUGAAGACGACGAUAAGGAGGAGGAGGAGGAGGAGGAGGAGAAGGAAGAAGAGGAGAUAGUGGAAUUAACUUCCUUUGACAAACUGCACAUUAUUACGUCCUAUCUGAGAGGACACCAUUUCUACUGCAUAUGGUGUGGGACCACCUAUAAUGAUGAAGAGGACUUGUGCUCGAACUGUCCCGGCGAUACAGCAGCAGACCACGAAUGAACUUUAUUAAGUUUAUUAAGUGUUUGAACCUGUUUAUUAAUUUAUCAUCCCAUUUGAAUCCGCUGUCCACCUCUGGCAGGACUUCACUGUUUGUCGGUGGAGGUCUUGGAUUUUUCUUUGUAUUUAGAAAUCCUGCGGGAAAUGUUUGGAUACCUUGUUAAUGUUUAUAUUUUGAAAAGAUGUACUAAGAUUUUUGAGACAUGUUUCAAGAGCAUACAUGUGUUUUUAUUAAAUGUUUCAAGAAUUAAA